AUGGAAUCAAUGUCCGUUAGUCCGGUUAUAUCGACUGCCAACCCUUCCCUGGAGAAACAAUUAGAAAUUUCAAAGGAUGAUUGGAUGCAAGGUCUGCAGCUGUCACGUGUCCAGAGAAUAGAAAUGAAUAAAUUAGUCAUGAACUAUCUCGUCACAGAGGGUUACAAAGAGGCAGCAGAGAAGUUCCACUCAGAAUCAGGUGUCGAAAUGCUGACAAACCAUGCCCAGUUAGACAAAAGAAUCCAAAUAAAAGAUGCAAUAAUGAAUGGAAAAGUAUUGGAGGCUAUGGCCCUCAUAAAUCAUCUAUGUCCUGAGUUGUUGGAAACUAAUAAAAAAUUAAACUUUCAUCUACAUCAACAGCAAACAAUUGAAUUGAUAAGAGAGCAAAAGAUUGAACAGGCUCUCGAAUAUGCUCAAAAUCAUUUAGCCGAGAAAGGUGAAGAAAAUGCAGAAAAUCUAACGGAGAUUGAGUUUACAUUGGCUCUCCUGGCAUUCACAGAACCCGAAACAUCACCUUAUGGCAAUUUACUACACACAGCUCAGAGAAGAAAAGUGGCAGCAGAAGUAAAUGCAGCAUUAUUAUUCGAAUGUGGUGAGGACUCUCAUCCGAAACUGACCAAUCUUGUGCAACUAAUUUCAUGGGCCCAGGAAGAGUUGGACAGUAAAAAAGUUCAAUUUCCACACAUGAUCGACUAUGGCUCAGGAACGUUUGAUAAAUAA